ACCUAAGUCUGUUCUUGUGGAGUUGAUGAGCAUUCAAAGGAGAUUUUUAUGGGGAGGGCCGGGCCUAAAUAAAAAAAUUUCAUGGGUGAAGUGGGACUGUGUGUGUCGUGAUAAGGUGAAGGGGGGCUUAGGGGUGCCAGAUCUGCUUAGGAAAAAUUUAGCAUUGUUAGGAAAGUGGUGGUAUAGGUUUGGUGAUGGGGUUGAGAACUUAUGGAAAAGAGUGGUGAGGGAAAAAUAUUAUGGAGGUAGGAGUGAGGUGGAUAUUACAGCGGUUGAGUAUUCGAGGGUGUCAAAACUGUGGAGGGAUAUUAUUAAAAUAGGGGGUCAAUCUUCGAGACUUAGGAAUAUGUUAGUAGAGGGUUUCAAAUGGGAAGUGGGUGAGGGAAAUAAGGUGGACUUUUGGCAAGAGAGAUGGGCUGGAGAUAAAACUCUUAGGGAUUUAUGCCCAAGAUUGUAUGCUCUAGCCGUAAAGAAGGAGGGAAAGGUCUCGGAUAUGGGAAAAUGGGAUGAGGGUAGAUGGGCUUGGCAUGUUGAGUGGAGGAGAGGUACUAUAGGGCGUGAGAAGGAUGAGGAGGGGGUGCUGGAAAAGGCACUGGAGGGUGUCAAACUAAAAGAGGGGGUUCGGGAUGUGUGGAAGUGGAGGCAUGAAAUGGAUGGCAAAUAUGUGGUCAAGACAGCCUAUGUCUUUUUAGACUCUAUGGAAAGUGCUUUAGAGGACCAGAUAUGUAAGUUAAUUUGGUGUAGGUUGGUGCCAUCCAAAGUGGCUUUUUUUAGGUGGCGAUUGUGCUUAAAUAGGCUUCCAACAAAGGAAAAUCUUCAAAAGAGAGGGGUACAGCUGCAGGAGGAAGGUAUGUUCUGUGAGUUCUGUAAUGGAGUAGUGGAGGAGGCUAACCAUUUGUUUUGUAUAUGUUAUAAAACGUGGUUAGUUUGGGUAGAGGUGUUGAAUUGGUGGGGAUUGGAGAGUGUUCUACCCAAUACAGUGGUGGGAGUGGCAGAAUUUUUCAUAUAUGAGUUGGGAAGAAUAGUAGGAAAGGAGAUAGGUUCAUGUCUAUUUCUGGUGGUUGCUUGGUAUGUAUGGUAUAGAAGGAAUGCCCAAGUUUUUCGAGAAGAUGAAGGAAUCCCAGAAAAUCUACUGGAAAGGGUGCAAGUAAAAACCUUUCUAUGGUUAAAGGCUAAAGUGAAUGGCUGUGUCUUUCCCUUUCAUGAAUGGCAAUCCUGUCCGACGGAGUGUGCAAAGGCUGUCAAAAGGCAUAAAAGGAUGAGGAAGCAAUUCUCUAAGGAAGCUGCGCCACCGAGAUAAAAGGAUGGGGGGAAGUUCUUAAUCUGCUAGGUACGCCUGCUGUAUGAGCCCUGAUUGUUUGGGUUUUUAGGGUGGCAUAAGCUGCACAGUCCGGCUAAGUUUGUAUCUUCUCCUGUUGUUUUUCCUGCAGCUUUUUUCGCAGGUUCUGUUUUCUUAAGUGUUGUAGCUUUUGGUUUGUACCUGGUGUUCCAAGGGCUGUAUUUUGUUUUGGGAGUAUUUCUUAUACUCCUUUGCUAAUAUAUUUCAUAUGAUGCU